UCUUUAGAGUCACGGCAAGCGGAGCGCUCUAGAAUUACUGACUGGAAUAAAAUCGAUCUAACGGAAGCAAAGGACACACACGGAACCGUUAAGAGAAACCAUUCUUCAAAAUGGGAGUAUCUUCCUCCAGUCUUUUAGACGAAAGUAAAUCUAACUACAUUAGAGGACGGACGGAGGCGGAGCUGAAGAACUUCAGCCCCCACUAUAGGAGUCAGUACAGUGUGGCUUUCUUCUCCCAGGUGCAGGAUGAGGUGGAGCAGCAGCAGACAGGCCAGACUCAACUCCUCAAACAGAAGGAGGCUGGCCAGGCCUUGGAUGUGGUAUACAAGGAUUCCGUGCUGCACUACGAUGACAGCCGCAAAUGGAAGGAGAGGUUCGUGGUGGUCCGUGCAGACUACAGCCUCGAGCUCCACGACAACCAGGAGUCUUUCACGAAAGGAGCUCCUGCGCGUCACGUACUCCUUCCGACAGGAGGCACUGUGCUGACCUCAGAGGAUAAAUAUUCUGCCCUGGUGGACAAGGCCUUCCCUGACCUGAACAGCUCCAAAGAGGAGGCUCCAUCGCCCAUGGUGACAGUGCCGGGUCCAUUCCCUGUGUAUUUGAGGUUGCCCUACAGGAGAGACUCCUACUUCAGCUUCCAGCAGGAGGAGAAGCAGACCCGCUUCGUGUCAGUCCUGUCUGACUGCAUUCGUCACCAGAACGGCGAUUAUCUGAAGAAGACAACGUGUGAAGUCCAGGCCUUCCUGAAUGCCAUUCUUUUCUACAGACAGGAGAAAGGCCACUAUGAAUCGUGGGAGAUGUUGGUGGGCAGAGAUGUUCAGGUGCUGGCCAACCUGGUGAUGGAGGAGCUCUUGCCUUCCCUGCAGACGGAGCUACUGCCCAGGCUGAGAGGGAGGAAGGCAGAGAGGAAGCGUGUGUGGUUUGCGACAGUGGAGGCUACCUAUGAGCUGGUCCAGGAGCAGUUGAGGGUGGGGCUCCUGGCACUGAAGGAAGAAUGCAGCAUGGCAGUUAAACAGAAGGAGGGGCUCAUCCGCUCUGACAUGGAUCAGAUCACCAGCUCCUGCACCUUCCUGAAGACCAAACUGCAAGGACUGGUCUCAGAGCCAGCGAUGAAGUUCUGCUCCGAGAGUAUAGUACCAUAUCUGGCAUCCAUCCUGGAGGAGCUGAUGGGGCCAGUAAGCUCAGGCUUCGAGUCUGUGAGGCAACGCCUGGAUGCCGAGUUGACCCGUGUCUGCAGGGACUUCCCCUCUGAAGGGACUCCAGAAGAACUCUCUAAGGCUUUGGCUGAGGUGGGCCAUAGCCAGCUGGAGGACUGUUACCAGCAUGUGACCGUGCUGAAGGAACAGCUGCAGGAACUCCGGAAUCGCUUCAAGUUCUCCAACUCCACGCUGCUAGUGCACAGCACCCAAAGCCACAUGCAGCAGCUGAUGGAGAAUGCUGUAUACACAUUUGAGAUGCUGCUCCAGUCAGCCAUAAAGGACAAAACUGACAAACUGGCAUCAGUCAUGGAGAAAGCCAAGAUCCGUGUGCUUAAGCAAUAUGAUUAUGACAGCAGUACAGUGAGGAAGAAGAUUUUCCAGGAUGCCCUGGUGGACAUCACACUCCCUGCCAUCAGGAGGAACCUGGCACCCAGCUGCAAAACAGAGCUGCAGAACUAUGACCAGUACAUCUUUGCUGAUUACACUAACUUCAUUCAAGUGGAGAAUGUGUAUGAGGACAUACUGCUGAAAAUUCUGAACGAUGAAGUCAGCAAAGUGGUGAAGGAGGCUGCCAGUCUGAAGAAGAACAACCUAUUUGUAGACAGCACAGAGCUCCAGUGCAUCAGUCAGUGCAGCCUGAACGACAGCCGCACUCCACCUCGCUCCGCCCCCUCCAGCCCAGCCAGUGUACUCGUCUCUGCCGCUGUCACUCAAAGGGCAGAGCAGAAUUCCCCGUCCCCACUGGUGGGCAACAGCUGUCUGGAAAGUCAGCCAACGCAGGAUGGCCUGGUAGUUUUAGCAGAGGGGAGGCAAGAGUUUACGACAGAGUCAUCUCAGCCAACUGAUGCUGAAUCAACUACGCCAACUGACCCUUUGGCAAUGUCUCAAAGUGGCCCUGCUGCUCCUGAAGUUUCCUCAAUUAAACCCGAAAUGACUGCUCUCAAACCUGAUGCGUCUGUAAUGGAUUUCCCACAACCAGGAUGCCAGGCUUUGGUUGAUAAACCUGAAGUGGCGUCAUCCACAAAUGAAGCCACCUCACCUACUCACAAGGCCACCAUAACAGCAGUAGGUGAAGUCUCAUCUGAAGCUGGUUCUCAGAGUGAAGCCACCUCACCUACUCACGAGGCUGCCGUGACAGCAGUGGGUGAAGUUUCAUCUGAAGCUGGUUCUCAGAGUGAAGCCACCUCACCUACUCACGAGGCUGCCAUGACAGCAGUGGGUGAAGUUUCAUCUGAAGCUGGUUCUCAGAGUGAAGCCACCUCACCUACUCACGAGGCUGCCAUGACAGCAGUGGGUGAAGUUUCAUCUGAAGCUGGAACUCAGAGUGAAGCUGCUGCUUCAGUCGUAGUCAGUCUUCAAGCGUCACCUGAAAUUACUAUAACAGAGGACCCAGAGACACCCACUGAACACAGGCAUGCUACCGACCGAGCCAUCUAUCUCAUCCCCCCAGCAGGUGUGGAGGUAGGAAGUCCUGUUCCUCUCACAGAGGAAUGUGACUCUGAAGGGAAAACAGAGGCUCAACAUAUCAGCACUCCAGAAGAUGCAAUAACUAAUGCUCCAAGUCCUUCUUGCUCGGAGUUCUGUAAACCUGAGACUGUAUCUGGUAGCUCACCCCCUGAGGAGGCUUGCAUUGGUACAGCCCUGCCUAAUACUACAAAUGCUGCAGAGCCCUUGGAUUCACAGAUGAAAGAUGACAUAGCCACUCCAGUGCAGGCUGCUGCUUGUAGUUCAGCAGUACCCACUGAUGACAGUGCCGCCAGUGAGGCAUUGAUCCAGAGUGUGGAGAAUACCGGGACUGAGAAGAGCAUUGCUGUAGAGUUCACCCCUGGACUCCCCAUCCUCACUGAUCUUCCAGUAGGGGGCAGUGCUCCACCUGAGACGGUGCCCAUAGAGAGCGAAGGCACCCUGCACUGCUCAGGCUCUCCAGACCAAGAUACUUACACUGGAGACCCAGAAGCAGAGGAGCUCAUGGACAGUGUGAAGUCAAUCAGAGAUCUUGUGGUAGAAAUCAUUGAAGUGGAGGACAUGGUGAGUCCUUGCCCACAGUAGAGAAACGCUAUAGAGGCCUUUAUUAACUGUGUGAAUAUGACUCCAGAGAGAUAUAUUGGAACAAAUAAAAUUGUUUUUCACUUGCUACUAACACUGAUAAUAUAGACUGAAAAAACAUUUUCUUAUAAAUAUUGUAAUUGAAUGAUAUUUGUACACUGACAUUGUGCUAGCAAAACAAUAAUAUCAGAAUUAUAUGUAAUUUUGUCAUAUGUAUAAAAAUGAUCAAAUUAAGAUGGGAAUUAUAAAAUUCUUAACAUUUUUUAAAAACUUUUUUUUAAAGAUUUCCUUCAAAAACAACUAAUAAAGAAGUAAUCAACAAUUUGCUUAAAUUAGAAACAUAAUUUAGUUCUCCCUGCAUUUUCAUUGUGGUUAAAUAUAAAAAUUUUCCUCUUUUUCUACAACUUAUAAAACCAGUCUUUAUAUAAUUUUAAAUAUUUCCAUUUCUCCUGCAAAUGUAAAUGUAUUUCUUUUUUACCGCAUUCAUUUUUAGACCCCCCCCCCCAUCCCCCCACCCCUCCAUCCCUUCAUUAAGUUUAAUAUGUGAAUUGUUUUUAUGGUACAUCAAUGAGCUCAAUAAUAGUGACUGAGUGUAUAACUUUGAAGUACAGUGUCCAAUAUACAUUGGACCAACCAAUCAUCUGUUUCAUUCUAAGAAUAAACUGGCAUUUUGUACCCAC